GAGAGAGAGUGACUGAGAGUGAGUGUGAGUGAGUGAGUGAGAGAGAGAGAGCGCGAGCGAGCGUGUGUGUGUGUGUGUGAGCGAGCGAGCACGCACAGUCAUCCUGUGACUCUCUUGCAUGAUCUGGGAAUUUCUCUUUUCUUCAGGCUGCUACUCUGACACGGGAGAGAGAGGAGGAUAGAUAGAUGGAUGGAUAGAUAGAUAGAUAGAUAGAUAGGAGUAUAAAUAGAGAGAAGGAUAGACUUUUAGCCAUUUGUGAGCCAGAAUGUAAACCCAGUAUAAAGUGAGUCAGAAACAGCUCUUCUGUCAUGCCGGUGUGUGACAUCUGCAGUGAAAAGCUGUCAUGUGACUCGGCGCUGAAGACUCACCUGCUCCUGACACACCUGGAGGAUGAAGUGGCAUGUCCACUCUGCUCACUCUCAGGUGUCUCUUACGACGAGCUGAACUUCCAUAUCAACACAGCACACAGUGAGACAGGUAGGGAACACACACCUGCUACAGGUGAGCCAGGAUAUCUAGAGGGUGAAUCAGAGACAGGAGCAGGUUUAUCUACCGUGUCCCAUUUACCAGAAACUCAUAAUGCAGUGAAAAAGCAGAUGCUUAGACCCGCAGGAGAAACCAGUGGCAAUGAUGGAACACAUGAAAAGACUCGAGAAGACGAUAUGAUGGAGCCUCACACUUCAAAACACAGACGCUUGUCCUCCCCGAGCAAAGGCAGGACGUUCUCUUGUCCGCUGUGUAAUCUGGUCUGCACUGAUUGUUUUGUGCUGCAGGAACACGUGGAGCUUCAUCUCCAGGACCAAGCUGUUUCGGACGGAGCAGUGCAUGUGUGCCCCAUGUGUGAGGUGGUGUGUGAUGACAGCUGUUCACUGCAGGAACAUGUAGAGCUUCACCUGAACUGUAGCCCUGCAGGGGAUUUUUAUGGAGACAUGCGAUUUGCUCAGCAGCUGCAGGAGGAAGACAAGCGCCAGAGGAAGGAGGAAGAGGCUAAACGUGAGGUUGAGGAGUUCACAAAACUACAGAGGCAGUUUGGGCUGGAUAAUAGCGGUGGUUAUCGUAAGCAGAUGGAGAGGAGCAUGGAGCGAGCCGUGUCCCGAGGUCACAUGACUCCGACUGAGUUUCACAUGAAGCGUUUGGAGAUGAUGGAGACUCUAGCUGCAGGAAUGGAUGACGGCCAAACCAGAACCACGGGACUGCUGUCAGCACUGUAUAGCUUUUACCAGCGUGAGCGUCAGGAUGGGUCCCGUGUGUGGCUGUGUUCCGAGUCAGAACACUUUUCCUCCUCAGACGGAGACCGAGGCUGGGGCUGUGGCUACAGAAACUUCCAGAUGCUUCUGUCCUCAUUAAAGAGACUGGAACAGUACACCACACUACACACCCUUCCUGACUCAUUUCCCAGCAUCCCACGGGUGCAGGCUCUGGUCGAAUCAGCAUGGGCAGAGGGCAUCGAUCCUCAGGGUGCAUCUCAGUUCAACAGGAAACUGAAGGGCACUCGUGCCUGGAUUGGAGCCACAGAGAUCUACGCUGUACUUACCUCCCUCCAACUGAGGGCACGUGUCGUAGACUUCCACCAGCCCACCGGUCCAGGUGACACACACCCACGACUGUUCCAGUGGGUCAAGAAUUAUUUCUCCCUCCCGUCCAGCACAGGUCCCAGAGUUCCACCCAGAGUAGUGAAGACGAACCUGCCACCAAUCUACCUCCAACACCAAGGUCACAGCCGCUCCAUAGUUGGUGUGGAAGAGAGGAGGAACGGCAGUAUAUGUGUGGUGGUGUUUGAUCCAGGCUGCUCUCCAGCUGAAAUGAGGAAGCUUCUAAAUCCAAAUGCAAGCUCCACCCAGUUUAAUCGUCUGCGUAAAUUCCCCGCCCACCUUAAACGCCAGCAGUACCAAGUGGUGGUGGUGGAAGGAGUGCUGUCUGAAGAGGAGAAACAGGAGCGUGUUAUUAACUCAAGAACAUUUCAAGCUGAAAGAAUUCCCUAAUGUUUCUGUCACUGUGUUAAAAUGAACAUGCUGAACAUGUGUGUUUUUAAGUGAUUGAAUGUCAUGCCUUUAACUCAAAUAAUAAACUAUAGUAAUUUUUUACUUUA